ACUGCUGAGCCCGAAAAAGCCCCAGCUAACAUUAGACCGAAAAAAGCAGCGACGGGGGAAGAGAAGCGAAAGCGGAUCCGUCGGACGUAUCCCACUUUCAGCCCUGAUCUGCUUCCUAUUACUCCCACUUAUUCGCGCGUCGUUCUUUAUUCUAAGAGGAUGCAUCUUUUUAUACGACUUAACUGAAUCUGCUCGGAUUCUGCUUGAGUAAAGCGAACCCGUAUUUCUACCGACGGCGACGGAUUAUUUUUUCCCCCGCCUCGUUUUUUGUCGCGUGAUAGAUAGAUCUUUAGUCUAAUACUUUACAUUAACGUUCGUUCUAUAACGUUGCGUUUGCGUGGAGAGCUUGGCGGAAGAUGGGCUGUUUGGGGAACAGCAAGACCGAGGACCAGCGUAUUGACGAGAAGGCUCAACGGGAGGCGAAUAAAAAGAUCGAGAAACAGUUACAGAAGGAAAGGCAGGCUUACAAAGCCACACACCGGCUGCUUUUAUUAGGGGCUGGAGAAUCCGGAAAGAGUACGAUUGUAAAGCAGAUGAGGAUCUUGCACGUCAACGGCUUUAACGCAGAAGAAAAGAAGCAGAAAAUAUUGGAUAUCCGAAAAAAUGUGAAGGAUGCCAUUGUAACAAUAGUAUCGGCCAUGAGCACUUUAAUACCCCCGGUGCCACUUGCCAACCCGGACAAUCAGUUUCGAGCCGACUAUGUAAAAAGCAUAGCGCCACUUUCUGACUUCGACUACACAGAGGAAUUUUUCGAGCAUGCAAAACAACUUUGGGAUGAUGAGGGCGUAAAGGCCUGCUUUGAAAGGUCCAAUGAGUACCAGCUCAUCGACUGUGCCCAAUACUUCCUGGACAGAAUCGAUUCAGUACGGCAGAAUGACUACACACCAACAGACCAGGAUUUGCUUAGGUGCCGAGUUUUGACUUCAGGGAUUUUCGAAACAAGAUUUCAAGUAGACAAAGUCAACUUUCACAUGUUUGAUGUAGGUGGUCAGAGAGAUGAGAGAAGAAAGUGGAUCCAGUGCUUUAAUGAUGUGACAGCCAUCAUUUUUGUAGCAGCCAGCAGCAGUUACAACAUGGUGAUCAGAGAAGACAACAGCACUAACCGCCUGCGCGAGUCCCUAGAUCUGUUCCGCAGCAUCUGGAAUAACAGAUUUUUACGGACCAUCUCAGUGAUCCUCUUUCUGAACAAACAGGACAUGCUGGCAGAGAAGAUCCUGGCUGGAAAAUCCAAACUUGAAGAUUACUUCCCUGAGUAUACUCGCUAUACAGUCCCACCUGAUGUGACCCCUGAUGCUGGGGAAGACCCAAAAGUAACCAGGGCCAAGUUCUUCAUCCGGGAUGAAUUUUUGAGGAUCAGCACAGCAAGUGGUUCGGACAAACACUACUGCUACCCGCAUUUCACCUGUGCCGUGGACACAGAGAAUAUCCGUCGUGUCUUCAAUGAUUGUCGUGACAUCAUCCAGAGGAUGCAUCUCCGCCAGUAUGAGCUUUUGUGAUUAUCUGCCACAAUCUGUCCAUUCUCCAAUCAGAUCAUUUCUUCUACACUCCCAGAUUUCAGGAGGACUAUGUGAACUACUGACAAGUGACAAUGUUAUGUAAUUUUUUUCUCUACAUUUCAUGUUUUCCUCCACUUUAUCUCCUUAUUUAUACAAGAGUGAGGGGUGUGUGUGUGUGUUUCCUGUAUCUCUUCAGUCUUGAGUACUUUUAAGUUUGGUUUACUACUUUCUGUAGUUGGAUGUGGACCAACCAACCCAAUGGAAAUCUGUGGUAACUUUAGUAAAGGAAGCCUGAACUUUGACAUUUGCAGUCUUCUGAAGGUCUUUUAGGAGUACUUGACAAAGUGGUGGAUAAUGUACUUUUGCAUCAGGUUCCUAAAAUGUUGACCGGGAAGUGCGAUUCACUAUGUAGCACCGCUAUAUUUAUUACUGUCACUUUUCUCUUUAGUAUCUUUUUAUUGUGCUUUGCUUUUCUUUAAUAAGUUUUGUGUCAGAGGUGCAAUGUUGCAGGAAUAUGCAGGGGAUUGGAAUUGUUUAAAUAGCACAGGCUAAGUGUAAACAUGUUGGGUCAUUGGACUUGAAGUCUUCUGCACCUCAGUACUUUCUACAUAAGAAGACUGAGUGGCCAAGUGAUAAUUAAUACCUCUCUUUGCAUAGAGAGUUUCUUGUUGUGGAGAUAGUAUGUGUAUACUAUAUUGUAAAUACACAUGCACACACACACACUAUAUAUAUAUAUAUGGGGCGG